CGUCAGAGGGAGCCGGAGGAGCGGCGGCGAACAUGGCGGAACGCAGGAGGCACAAGAAGCGGAUCCAGGAAGUUGGUGAACCAUCGAAAGAGGAAAAGGCAGUGGCCAAAUAUCUCCGCUUCAACUGUCCCACAAAAUCCACAAAUAUGAUGGGUCAUCGGGUUGAUUACUUUAUCGCUUCAAAAGCAGUAGAUUGUCUUUUGGACUCCAAAUGGGCAAAGGCCAAGAAGGGAGAAGAAGCUUUGUUUACAACCCGAGAGUCUGUUGUUGACUACUGUAACAGGCUUUUAAAGAAACAGUUCUUUCACCGAGCAUUAAAAGUAAUGAAAGUGAAACUUGACAAAGACACAAAGAAAGAAAAAGAGAAAGAAAAAGGAAAGGUAGAAAGUGGGAAAGAAGAAGAAAAAAGAAACAAGAAAGAAAAUCUAAAGGAUGAAAAGGCUAAGAAGGAGAGAGAGAAAAAAAGAGAUGGUGAAAAGGAAGAGUCGAAAAAGGAAGAAACACCAGGAACACCCAAAAAGAAAGAAGCCAAGAAAAAAUUCAAACUUGAACCACAUGAAGAUCAAGUGUUCCUGGAUGGAAAUGAGGUGUAUGUAUGGAUCUAUGACCCUGUCCACUUUAAAACAUUUGCCAUGGGACUAAUUCUUGUGAUUGCAGUCAUAGCUGCGACCCUCUUCCCUCUGUGGCCUGCAGAAAUGCGAGUGGGUGUUUAUUACCUCAGUGUAGGAGCAGGCUGCUUUGUAGCCAGCAUUCUUCUGCUUGCUAUUGCUCGCUGCAUACUGUUCCUUAUCAUUUGGCUCAUUACUGGAGGAAGACACCAUUUCUGGUUCCUACCGAAUCUGACUGCCGACGUGGGCUUCAUUGACUCCUUCAGGCCUCUCUACACACAUGAGUACAAAGGACCAAAAGCGGACUUAAAGAAAGAUGAGAAAUCUGAGGCCAAAAAACCACAGAAAUCAGACAGUGAGGAAAAAUCAGAUAGUGAGAAAAAGGAAGACGAUGAUGGGAAACUAGGAACUCUAGGAAAUAAUGGAGCAGAGGGCUCUGGGGGAGAGCGGCACUCGGACACAGACAGUGACCGGCGGGAGGACGACCGGUCCCAGCACAGCAGUGGGAAUGGCAAUGAUUUUGAGAUGAUAACAAAAGAGGAGCUUGAACAGCAGACAGAUGGAGAUUGUGAAGAAGAGGAGGAGGAGGAGGAGGAGGAGGAGGAGGAAGAAGAAGAAACGAGCAGACCUUCAUCUGAAAAAUCAUAGACAUGCUUUGUUUGGGGACUGAAUGUGUGCAAGUGGUUGGAUUUUCUAUGUUGACUUUUCACCAAAACAUAUGUAUAGCAUUUGGGGUAGUCUUUAAAUCAAUUUGCUGAGAUCUAGUUGAUGUCCAGGCAAUUCUAUUCAGUUUUUUAUUUUAUAGACUACUAACUUUUUUUUGGUACAAUCUUAAGUCACUAAUACCACAUAUUUAACAAUUUUAUCCAUUUUACAAAUAUUCUGGCAGUAAGUAGCUUUUAUUUCUUUUUGAUAGUUGUUAAAGAUGUAGUUUCCUCAGUGGCAUUUAGAAUAAUGCCAUUUUUGAGCGCUGUAGAGCUUCUUACUGUUAGACAUGGCAGAAGAGAUGAAAGUGAAAGACCAAAAUUUCAGGUGAUGCAGUUAGGUAGCUAUUUAUGAAUUGCUUUAGGAUGAAAUGAACACAUAACUCAUGGCUCUUGAAACAUAAGCUGUAUUUCUUAAUUUUCAUAAAAUUGUACCAAAAAUUUCUUUAGAAUUCAGAGUUAGCAGUUAUUUGUUUAAGAUAGGCCAGUCAGUAAUGAUGCAAUACGAUUUGUUUAGCUCCCAAAUCUGUCCUUCAACUACCAACUUAGGAAAUCCAAAAUCAUUUGUACAUCUGGUUGAGAGAGGAAUGGUUUUUCUCCAGCAAAGGAAAGGGAACAGCAUAGAUUGGAAAAUGGUGGCUGUUCUUUCCCUUCCCAUCCAUUUCCCCGAUCAUAAUAUGAGAAAGCAUUCUGUACAUAAUUUACAAAUAAAACAAACCUUUUAUUUUAAUUGUUACUUCUUAUUUAGACAUUUUCUCAGCACUUCAAUUUGUACAAAAUUAAGACCAUUUAAAGGUAUGUUUUUAGAGAAACGCAAGUCUUGAUACCCCACAGAACAUCUGUGUGUGUGGGUGUGGGUGUGUGGGUGUGAGUGUGGGUGUGUGUGUGGGUGUGGUGAGUAUGUGUGGUGUAUCGAUCUCUCCACAGCAGCUGCAGCUUGGUGCCAACAUUCCAUGUGUUUGAGCAGACCUACAGCAGCUGUUUUGCACGCCUUUGUGUUCAUUGAUUUAUCUUAAAUUUCUACAUUCAGAAACUGGAGUACUGUAUUAUCAAAUUAGGAGGCACUGCUGUGAAAGAGAAUUUACUGUUUUAAAGUACCAAUUAAAAUAAAGAACAUUCAAAUGACCAUAUGACAGUCAGUGGGCUCUAAUUGAUUGCUAUUUUGGAGCAGUUUGAAUUUUGGUUUCUGCUUUUGUCUCAUCCUUAUUUACCGUUUUUUGGAUAAUGUGUUUAGUUAUGUAAACAUUUAAGAGACUUGACAUCAUUCCUCUGAAGUUGAAAUAAUGAAAACAGGUUUGAUUCUUUCCCCAAGCCGCUGUGAGAAGUUAUACUUAUUACUGCUUUGCAAUUGGAAUUGUUUAUUUACAGACCUUUAUUUUUAUUCUUUAGUUACCUUCCAUUCAAGUAUUAUAACUGAAGGUGUUAAAUGUUUUCCUAAUUGUGCAAAUAUACAUUUUUGUGUAUGUUGGUAAACAUUUCACAAAUGUGGUCUGAUUGCUUCAUCCUAAUAAUAUUCCUUUUAUGUGAGCAGAAACAUGGCAUCUGAUCUAUUUAAUGCAUCUCUGUUGAUGCUGCUGUCAGUUAUUUUGAGAACAUUCCCCCUGGCAAAUGUUGAUUGAUUUUAGUGCCUGAGUGUUUUCUUGCUGUUGACUUUUAUGGAGCUCAGUUUCUCACUUCUUUGGUUAGGUACAAUUUCAGCUGCCUGGUAUGCGCUCUCCAAAAUCGGCCACAACUCUGAUAAUUACUCUCAAACACAGACAGCAAUUCUGUCUUGCUUCCAAUAAUUCCCAGAUGAAUCAUUGGCAAUAAGAAUUAGAUAUAACAUUCUACUCAUGCACCUCAGAUUUUGUCUGAUUCUGAGGUAGGCACUAAUAUCAGUAACCUGUAUUUGGGUAUAAAAAUGAUACUAACAUGAUGUUAUUUCUCAAAAACUACGAACUAUUAGGUAAUCCUUAUCACUAAUAAAUACACAGGCACUUCAAACUGUAACUUUGUCCUGUAGCUAUUUGUAAUAUCUGUGUUGUGUCUAGUCUUCAAAAACCUUUUGGGGAGUAGCAGCUAGGAAAAUUUGAACUUUGUUAGUGUUUGUGGAUUCUUAGAGUAAACUAAUACCUGGUUUUACGAAUAUUCGAUGACCACUGGAAAACAAUCUCUAUGGAUCUAACCGUAGAAAGUGCCCUUAGGGGCUACAGCUCAGUGUCUAUUCCUGUUCAAAGACCAUAUAUUUUAAAGGAGUGAGUACUUGAAAAUCAAAGGGCUGUCAAUAUUUCACCCUGCUGAAGAAUAGGUGGUUAUCCUUAUGGGCCAAAAAAUAAAUAACCUAGCUCUAUUACCACUAAAGAUUGCUUCCCAUAGUCUCUUCAACUUGAAGGUUGGACUGAUGGGUUUUAAAAAUGCAACUGAGAUCACAGAAAAAUUGAGUUUAUUUUGGAAUGGGUGCCAGUGAUGUAUCUAGAAUUGAACUUUAAACCAAGGGAGGAUCCAGAUAAUGAAGACACUUAAGACAAUAAUGAAUAUGCUUAUUGUGCAAAUAAUCCUAAAAUCAAUGUACUUAAUAUAUUGGUUUUUUUUUUCCUUUUCCCUCCCACCGAUUUGACUUCUAAUUUCCAAACACAAUGCCUGUCUCUGUUUGGACAACUUUAAUAAUUGGAAUAAUUUAUAUUUAGUGGCAUACUACUCAGACAGUUACUAUAUUAAAAUUUCAUUGCAAUAAAAUUAAGCAGUGGUGAUGGG